AUGGUGAAGACUCUGGUGACAAUUGCCAGCGUGGGCAGUGGCAUCGGAAUUCUGGCUUGUCUUUUUACUCUCGCCUUCAUUUUCAAUGAUAUUGACGCGUUCUAUGAUGAUGUUCUUGACACUAUGACUGAGUUUAAGGUGAGUUUAUUCAGUUCUUUUCACAAUUUGUGCAUCAAAAAGUUCAGCUUAACGAGCAACACGCAUGGAAUUCGAUGGUGAAGCCGUCAGGCAUGUUCAAAAAUGAGCAUAGAGUCAAAAGAACAUCCCCACCCCAGUGCAACUGUGGCUCACAGUCGUCUGGCUGCCCGGCGGGGCCUCCUGGACCACCGGGAGCGCCUGGAGUCGCUGGAGACGACGGAGAAGCAGGACAGCCCGGAAAACCAGGCGCCAAUGGAGUGGCGAUUGGAGUUGGAGGGGGUAACGGGCCGUGUAUCACUUGCCCGCCCGGAGCGCCUGGACCUGCUGGACCUCAGGGAGCUCCUGGAGCUCCGGGAGCAGCUGGAGAACAAGGGCCUGCGUCUAUUGGAGGAGGCCAAGGACCUGCUGGGCCACCAGGACCAUCUGGAGACGCUGGAGCGCCAGGGCCUGCGGGAGCACCGGGAGCACCAGGACAACCAGGAAACGGAAUACAGCAGCCACGCUAUCUGCCAGGACCGCCAGGACCGCCAGGGCCUGCUGGAGCCGUUGGAGCCCCAGGACAAGCUGGAAAAGCCGGAGGAGCCGGAGAGCCAGGACCUGCGGGACCACCAGGACCCCCUGGGGCACCAGGAAAUGCGGGAGAGGAUGGUGCUAAUGGAACGCCGGGCGGCUCGGGAUCACCGGGAGGAGACGCUGCCUAUUGCCCGUGCCCGCCUCGUUCGGUCAAGCAAACGAGUGUCAUGAAUUACAAGCGGCAGGCGAAGAUUGUUGUAGCCUGAAAAAUUGUGUAUUAAGUUUGUGUAGUCUUGAAUAAAAUUAGUUUCAACAACUUCUUGUAUACUUUAUGAAUCAUAUCCGGACGCUUUCCUGCCCAUAAUUCCUUCAGAUUCGUUGUUCUCAAGCGAUCACAUUAUGUAUAAUGAUCAAAAAGCGGACAGAGUGGAGUUCUGUCCAGUCUACUGAACAAUUUGCUGAUUAACGAGACGGAGAGACUUCAACUGAGAUAGUAUUGGAAUCAAAGUGACUCACAUGCUUGGAGUGUACUUCUUAGUCCAAUUCCAAUAGAUUUCUGUGACGAUUACUAUACUUUUAGAGUAUUUCGAGAGAACCCACACUUUAUUCUCAUUUUUGUAGAGAGCACAAUUGUCGCAAUAAUACGAGUAUAAAUAGGGGUGUCGCUCUGAAAAACGCGUUUGAAUAACAACAUGGACGAGGCGACUAUUCAGACAGCAUUUGUCUUGCUUCCAGUAAUAAUGAACUCAUCCUCUCACUAAUAGCAGUUUCAAUUUACAGACAGCACUGAUCGGGGUGAUCCUCAACUGGUCCGUAUACUACAGUAUUCACAAACUUUCCACCUUCAAUCACUCGUUCGGUUUCCUGACGGCCAAUCAAACAUUAGCCGAUGCUCUUCAUUCGACCGUCUUCUUGUUCUUCUUCUGUCCGAUGGUUUUACUGUGAGUUUGACUCGAGACAUGACGAGAGAUGGAAAUGUUUGCAGCGAUCAACCUCUCCUCAAAGCCUACUCUUAUCAUUGUGGCUUCCUCUUUUUAUUUUUCUCCGAACUCUCAAUUCUAACACAUUUGACGAUUUCGCUGAACCGAUUCCUUGCCGUCUUUACCCCGUAUCACUAUGAAGACGUGUUCAAUAACACGAGAACUAAGAUUGUAAUCGUGGGACUAUGGGUUUUCACCGCUUCAGUCGCACUCUUGUUCUAUGAAAGUGAGUUCACGAUGAAGCUGGGCACACACACCCACAACACGACAAUUGCAGAGCUUUGCCAUCUUUACUACGACGAGCACAUUCAUUUUCUAACAUUUGAGAACACAAAACUGUGUGGCCUCAUCGGAUGGUAUGGCGACUUUCUGAAGAACGCAACAAUUGUGGCUAUCGUCAUGUGUAUAGACAUGCUAACUGUGAUGAGAGUCAGAUUUGUCUCCAGAAAAGUUUCGUUCUUUUUCCAACAAUUCAAACACUCUUUUUAA